GGAUGUAAUCCUCUUGCUGAGACUGGUAGAAGCAAACUGCAAAAUCAAAGAGCUGCCCUAAACCAACAGAUCUUAAAAGCAGUAAGAAUGAGAGCUGGUGCUGAAAAUCUUUUAAGAGCAACCACCAACAACAAAGUACGAGAGCAGGUACUACUGGAGCUGAGUUUUGUAAACUCAGACUUGCAGAUCUUAAAGGAGGAAUUGGAAGGACUUAAUAUCUCAGUAGAGGUUUAUCAAAAUACAGAAGAGACUUUCAGCAUUCCCUUGGUACCUCUUGGCCUGAAGGAAACCAAAGAAGUAGACUUUGCACUCCCCCUCAAGGACUUUAUUCUGGAACAUUAUAGUGAAGACAGUUCUGAAUAUGAAGAUGAAAUAGCAGAUCUCAUGGAUCUGAGACAAGCCUGCCGCACUCCUAGCCGAGAUGAAGCUGGCAUUGAGAUGUUGAUAAGCUAUUUCCUUCAACUUGGUUAUGUAGAAAACAGAUUUUUCCCACCCACCAGGCACAUGGGAGUUUUAUUUACAUGGUAUGAUUCCUUCACAGGUGUCCCAGUGUGUCAGCAAAAUCUAUUGCUUGAAAAAGCUAGUAUUUUAUUCAACAUUGGAGCUCUCUACACCCAGAUUGGAACACGAUGCAAUCGUCAGACCCAAACUGGACUUGAAAAUGCUGUUGAUGCUUUUCAGAGAGCUGCAGGAGUCCUAAGCUACUUAAAGGAGACCUUUACUCACACACCAAGUUAUGAUAUGAGCCCAGCUAUGCUGAACGUGCUAGUAAAAAUGAUGCUUGCACAAGCUCAAGAGUGUGUUUUUGAGCAGAUUGGUCUUCCUGGAAUACGCAAUGAGUUUUUCACACUAGUGAAAAUGACACAGGAAGUUGCCAAGGUGGGAGAGAUUUACAUGCUGGUUAACAUUGCAAUGAAUCAGGAACCAGUGAAAGAGAAUAUUCCCUAUUCCUGGUCUAAACUGGCACAAAUAAAGUCAGACCAUUACAAAGCUGUGGCGCAUUACUUCAUUGCUACCAUUCUGUGUGACCAUGAACUGCAGUCUGGUGAUGAUGAAGAUCAGCAGGAGAAAGCCUUGUCCCAGUUGUAUGACUACAUGCCUGAAGGACUGAAGGUUCUCACUGUUUUAAAGGACAAAGUUCAGAGAAAACAAUUAGGGAAAGCACAUUUACGCAAAGCCAUUGUUUACCACGAAGAAGCUCUAAGAGUCUGUGGUCUGUGCAAAAAGCUUAGAAACAUUGACGUUCUUCAGGAGGUUCUGACAGCCGCACAUAAGCGCUCACUUCUCAAAUAUGCUCAGCAAGAGACAGAAGAUGACUUUCUCAGUCUAAUACAGGCUCCAGAUAUCCUUCCUAAAACGGAGCACAAAAUAGAAACAAUUGCUCCUCAGUUUUCCAAGGUGAAAGUUAAAGACUUCUUCCACAGGCUGGGCCCACUGACAGUGUUCUCAGCCAAGCAGAGAUGGACGGCUCCACGUACUAUUCGCAUCCACUAUGAAGCAGGAGAGCUAGGAUUCAGUCUUAAAGGAGGUUCGCCAGUACAGAUUUAUUGUCUUGAUCCAGCUUGUGCUGCAGCAUCGAUGGGCCUAAAAGAAGGUGACUACAUUGUUUCAGUUGGCAGCGUGGAUUGCAAGUGGCUUGGAGUGAAUGAGGUGCUGGAAAAAUUCAAAAGCGUGGGAGAACAGCCCAUUGAGAUUGAGGUUAUCAGUUGCCAGGAUACAGCAGCGUCUAUGCAUAGCAAGAGUGCAACUUACUCUGUGGGAAUGCAGAAGACAUACUCCUUAAUCUGUUUAGCCAUGGAAGAGGAUAAGAUUGAUCAGACCAAGAAAGCCCCACUGAAACUGCCUUUUCUAAGCUGGGGAACUAAAAAUAGACAGAAAGCUGCAAGCACCCUCUGCCUUCCUUCAGCUGUGGCUGGAAGUUCUCAGGUUAAGAAGAAGCUUUCUCCCUUCACACUUCUGAAUACGGAAAGUUCAUUGUAUUGA